AUGUAUUCGGCAACUUUCGUUAAUGCGCACAGACCUGGUCCCUUCGUACGGCUUCCCACAGUCGCGGCGCAGUGCACUCGACGCCCGCAUGAAGCCUAUCAGACUGCCAGUAUUUGUGAGGUACACUCACCGGCCAUCCACCGCUGGUCGGCUCAAUCGAUAUCGAGAGAGAUCGAUGUCCGGCUGACCAUGUGGCGGCGAUUCGGCUCUUUUUUUCCGGUCUGA